ACUGUGUCUGGCCACCCCUACGAAAAAUGUUCGGUGGUGCACCAUAUCAAAAGCAGAGUUGGCAAAAUGCUCCAAAUUCCAACAGAAUAUGAAAAAAGUGGGUGGCCCCAGUGUCUCCUGCACAAAGAGAUCCUCCUGCCAACAAUGUAUCCAGGCCAUCAAGGCAAACAAGGCAGAUGCUGUGACCCUGGAUGGUGAUUUGGUGUUUGAGGCAGGCCAGGAUCCCAACAAACUGCGACCCAUAGUGGCUGAGGUGUAUGGGACCCAAGAAAAGCAACGAAUCCACUAUUAUGCUGUGGCCAUAGCCAAGAAGGGCACCAACUUCCAGCUGAACCAACUGCAAGGCGUGAGGUCCUGCCACACAGGCCUUCACAUGCCAGCUGGAUGGAACAUCCCCAUGGGUACCCUUCGUCCGUUCUUAAACUGGAAAGGGCCACCCGAGCCCCUUGAGGAAGCUGCAGCCAAAUUCUUCUCUGCCAGCUGCGUGCCCUGUGCGGAUGGGGGACGGUACCCCCAACUGUGCCGCCUGUGUGCAGGGACGGAGGGCAAGAAGUGUGCCUGCUCCGCCCAGGAACCAUACUUCGGCCACUCUGGUGCCUUCAAGUGCCUGCAAGAAGGGGCUGGAGAUGUGGCAUUUGUCAGGGACAGUACAGUAUUUGAGAACCUGCCCAACAAGGCUGACCAGGACAAGUAUGAGCUGCUCUGCUUAAACAACGCUCGGAAGCCCGUGGACGCUUUCAAGAACUGUCACCUGGCCCGGAUCCCUGCACAUGCUGUUGUGGCCCGGAGUGUGAAUGGCAAGGAGGACUUGAUCUGGGAGCUUCUCCAGAAGGCACAGGAAAAGUUUGGAAAAGACAAGUCAUCUUCAUUCCAGCUCUUCGGCUCCCCUGAAGGGGAGAAGGAUCUGCUGUUCAAAGACUCCGCCCUUGGGUUUUCGAGGAUCCCCUCAAAUAUAGAUUCUGAGCUGUACCUUGGCUUCAACUACAUCAAUGCCCUCCAGGGCCUGAAGGAAAAUGAAUUCUUUAGCCAGAGCUGUGCCCCUGGGUCUGACCCGAAGUCCAAUCUCUGUGCACUGUGCAUAGGCGACGAGAAGGGUGAGAACAAGUGCGUGCCCAACAACAGUGAGAGAUACUUUGGCUACACUGGGGCUUUCAGGUGUCUGGCGGAGAGGGCUGGAGACGUUGCGUUUGUGAAAGACGUCACUGUCUUGCAGAACACGAAUGGCGGGAACCCUGAGGCCUGGGCUAAGGAUUUGAAGCUGGAGGACUUUGAACUGCUAUGCCUUGAUGGCACCCGGAAGCCCGUGACAGAGGCUGUGAGAUGCCACCUGGCCAUGGCUCCGAACCACGCUGUGGUAUCUCGGGAAGAUAAGGCAACACACUUGAAGCAGGUGCUGCUCGACCAACAGGAUCAGUUUGGAAGAAACGGAGCUAAAUGCCCGAGAGAGUUUUGCUUGUUCACGUCUGAAACCAAAAACCUUCUGUUCAAUGACAACACGGAGUGCCUGGCCAGACUCCAGGGCAAAAACACGUACGAAGAAUAUUUGGGAUCAGCAUACGUCACGGCCGUUGCUAAUCUGCGACAGUGCUCAAGCUCCCCGCUUCUGGAAGCCUGCGCCUUCCUGAGUAGAUAAAAUCUGCCAGAAGACGGCCUGGCCUCCCUUCCUGAGGCGCCUCAGCCCCUCGCUGCUCUCGGCCCUUCCCGGAGGUGCUGAGCCUUCUCCCUUCCUGGCCAGUCAUCUGCUUUCCCAGCUCCCUGCUGUCAUCCUCGCAAUAAAUAAAAUGAGAAAGACCAUUGAUUUUCAUUCCUU